AUGAUCAUUUUGUGGAUCUUUUUGUUUGCUAAGGACAACUGGCAAGUGGCAAGUAUUCCAGAAAAUGGAAAAUAUGCUAAGCUCCUAUUUGUUGAUCCACUUCACUUCGAGAACCGUGAUACACGCUCCAUUCUCCACGUAAAAGACAAGGCACAUUUAACCCGUCUCACAAAACGGCUCGACACUUACAUCGAGCUUCGCUACAUUCACAAGUACCUACAUGACCAACACAAAGCGCCAGUGUACAAGUUUUCAUUCACGCCCUUUUUGUUUAAUAACUUCCGCAUGGGUAUUUCUCCGGAUCGGCCUACGUGUAAAGCAUAUCUUCAAGGACACUGCCCUCUCGGUAGUAAUUGCCCUGAUAAGCAUGCCACCAAUCCCAAUAAUACAUGGAACUUCAACAACAUGGUAUGCAAACAUUGGCUGAGAGGCCUUUGUAAGAAGGGUGAAACCUGCGAGUUUCUUCAUGAGUUCAACCUAAGGAAGAUGCCGGAAUGUAACUUUUUUGUGAAGAACGGCUAUUGUUCUAAUGGAGAUGAAUGUCUAUAUCUACAUGUCGAUCCUGCCUCUAAGGUUGGAAACUGCCCCCAUUACGAUAAAGGGUUUUGCCCACUUGGUCCCAGGUGCUCUAAAAAGCAUAUCCGCAAGGCUAUCUGCGAAUUCUACCUAGCAGGAUUUUGUCCCGAUGGAUCAAAAUGUAAAAAGGCACAUCCAAGAUGGCCUUCUGACUUACCGAAGCCAACUAUCAAGGUUGAGAGAGACCCGGAAGAGGUUGCCGAAGAACAAGCGAGAAUUAGAGAGAACGCUGAGAGAGAGGCGGAUAGGGAAAGAGGAUUCCCAGAAGGGCGGCCGAGACAGAGAUGGAGAGGUGGUUUUGGCUUUCGCGGAAGGGGUGGUGGAGGAGAAAGGGGCCAACGAGGACGCGGACAUUGA